AAAACAAAAACUUUUAAGAUAACCAAAACUGUCAAAUAAGUGCUCAACUUGUUGCCUCCUCCUCUCCCCUCCUCCUUUUUGUCUUCUCUGCAUAACUUUCUUCUUCCCUAUAUACUCCUCCCUUUGUGUGAUACAUACAUAUACAUACAGAGUGUGAGGGAAAAGAGAUAUACCCACCACAAACAUAUAUAAAUUGAUCAAAUUCCUUCCCCAAAAUCACUUUUCAGAUCAAUUUUGAAGCAUAUCUGAGGUAAAAGGAGAUUGAAAAAAACUGUCUUAACGCUUGUGUAGCUAAAAUAACCUUAUAUGGGUUGAAGGUUGAAGUUUCUCAGCUGUUUGUUUUGGGAAAAAUCAACAGAUGGGUAUUGAGGAUUUGGGAGAAAUUAGGUGAUUCCAAGAAAGGGUCUUUUGAAAUUUUGGAGCUUUUUUGAAUUGGAUUUGUUAAGAAAUGGAGUCUAAUGUUAUAUCAGAUAUGCGAUUAGAACCGAGCAUUGAUACAGAUAAGCUAAGUUACGAGAUUUUCUCUAUUCUAGAAAGCAAAUUCUUAUUUGGUUACGAUGAUCAAAAGCUUUGGGUACCUAAAAAUUUACCGUCUCCGGUUGAAGAUAACAAAAACGACGGCGUUUUAACCACAUCAGCGACGGAGAAUAUUCAGGCGAUUAAGAAUCAACGAGGAAAAAUAUGUAUCCUCAGCAUUGAUGGUGGUGGAAUGCGAAAUAUAUUAUCAGGUAAAGCUUUAGCGUAUUUGGAACAAGCGUUAAAGGUUAAAUCGGGGAAUCCAGAAGCUAGAAUCGCCGAUUAUUUCGACGUUGCUGUUGGUUCCGGCGUCGGAGGAAUUUUCACGGCGAUGUUAUUUUCAACGAAGGAUCAAAACCGUCCUGUUUUCCAAGCUGAAGAUACAUGGAAGCUUUUAGAGGAACAAGGUAGAAGAAUUUAUCCUUCAAAAGGGUCAAGUUCUGCCGGAAAUGGUUUUCUCCGGCGAGUUUUCCGAGGUGGCGCAACCCGUUCAGAUACUUCCGGUUUAGAGAAAGUGAUGAAAGAAGCAUUUAUGGAUAAAAAAACCGGUCGAAGCCUUACGUUAAAGGAUACUCUUAAACCGGUUUUAAUCCCCUGUUAUGACCUUUCAAGUACGGCGCCGUUUUUGUUCUCCCGAGCUGAUGCAUUCGAAUCGGAAAGCUUUGAUUUCCGGUUAUGGGAAGUUUGCCGAGCUACAUCAGCUGAACCGGGACUCUUCGAACCGGUUUGUAUGAAAUCCGUCGAUGGAAAAACCGGGUGCGUGGCGGUUGACGGCGGUUUAGCUAUGAGCAACCCGACGGCCGCCGCGAUUACUCACGUUCUUCAUAACAAACAGGAAUUUCCUUUUGUUAGAGGUGUUGAGGACAUUUUGGUCCUUUCACUUGGAACAGGGCAGCUUCUAGAAGGAAGCUUCCAAUAUGAACAUGUCAAAAAGUGGAAGGCUAAGGACUGGGCUAAGCCAAUGGCCCGAAUCUCCGGCGACGGAGCCGCUGAUAUGGUUGAUCACUCCGUCGCCAUGGCGUUUGGGCAAUGUCGGAGUAGUAACUACGUCCGCAUUCAGGCUAAUGGAUCGAGCUUCGGUCGUUGUGGGGUGAACAUAGAUGCUGAUCCAAGUCCUAACAAUGUGAAAAAGCUUGUGGGAAUUGCAGAUGAAAUGCUGAAACAGAAAAAUGUAGAAUCCCUGCUAUUUGGUGGUAGGAAAAUUGCAGAACAAAGCAAUUUCCAGAAACUUGAUUGGUUUGCUGGGGAACUUGUACAAGAGCAUCAGAGGAGGAGUUGCAGGAUAGCUCCCACUGUUGCAUUUAAGCAACAUCUCACAAAUCAAGAAAAAUAAAUGAAAAGAUCAAAAAAGAAAGAUUUGGAAAGUUGCUUUCAAAAUUAGGGUUGGUGUAAAAAUAAAUAAAAAAGUAAAGAUGAUAAAAUAGUAAGUAACCUUUACUUUUUGGAAGAGUUAAAUGGGAAAGCUAGUGGGUUCCUUUGGGAAAUUUUCAUGGAUUGAAGUGAAAAGGACACUCAAUUGUUUAUAAUGAGAAGAAAAAAAAAGGGAGAAAACAAGAAGGGAUUUGAUGAAUCUUGGUGGGAACUUUUUGCCUGCCAUAGGACAAGCAUUGUGGUGAUUGCCUUUUUGAUAAAUAUGUAUUCGUAUAGAGUGUAUAUCGAAUCAAGUAAUGUAUCUAUGAAAUCUAAAUAUUCAAUGCGUAAUCAUGAUUGAGAGAUAAAUGUGUGUAUGUAUACACAUGUUCUGUAUUUUUUAUUUGGUGUAAAUGUUCAGUGUGGAUACAUUUGUAUCGUGACAUUUCUCUCCUUUUGUUAUAAUUAAGUACGGAUAGGGAUCGUUGGGUCCAAUUAUAGUUA